AAUCUAGAGAAAAUAGAAGUUGGUUGUUUAUAAUUUUGAUUUUAGACACCGUCCAUAGAAACACAAAGGCCUGAUCCACGGCAUAUUCUAUUCUCUACACACCGCCACCUGUUUUAUACCCCUUUUCUACUCAAAUACACAUUUAUUUCCCCUUUCUCAAUACUCUUCUUCUUCUUCUUCUUCCUAAUCGAUCCUCCUAAUCUAUCUCCAGAUGGCGACUCUAAUCUCAGACACUGCAUCAUGGAAAGACCUCAAGGCUCAUGUUGGGGAAAUUGAUAAAACGCAUUUGCGUGAUUUGAUGACUGAUACUGACAGAUGCAAGUCAAUGAUGCUCGAGUUUGAUGGGAUAUUCUUCGAUUAUUCUCGACAGAGAGCCACUGUCGAUACGGUUUCUAAGCUCUUUAAACUUGCUGAGGAAGCACAUCUUAAACAGAAGAUUAAUAGUAUGUUCAAUGGGGAGCAUAUAAACAGCACGGAGAACAGGUCUGUGCUUCAUGUAGCUCUUCGUGCUUCGAAGGAUGCGACAAUAAACAGUGAUGGGAAGAAUGUUGUACCAGAUGUUUGGCAAGUUCUUGAUAAAAUAAAAGAAUUCUCGGAUAAAGUUCGCAAUGGUUCCUGGGUUGGGGCCACAGGGAAAGCAUUGACCAAUGUAGUUGCUAUUGGUAUUGGUGGAAGCUUUCUUGGUCCGUUGUUUGUGCACACCGCUCUUCAAACAGAUUCAGAGGCUAGUAAACUAGCAGGAGGACGGCAGCUUCGCUUUCUAGCUAAUGUUGAUCCAGUAGAUGUUGCCAGAAAUAUUUCAGGCUUGGAUCCAGAGACCACUUUAGUUGUUGUAGUUUCCAAGACUUUUACUACAGCUGAGACCAUGCUGAAUGCUCGGACAUUGAGGGAAUGGAUCUCAUCUGCUUUAGGGCCACAAGCUGUUUCAAAGCACAUGGUUGCUGUUAGCACAAAUCUGAAGCUUGUGGAGAAGUUCGGGAUUGAUCCUAAUAACGCUUUUGCAUUCUGGGACUGGGUAGGAGGCCGAUACAGUGUUUGCAGUGCUGUUGGAGUAUUACCUUUAUCUCUCCAAUACGGGUUUUCCGUCAUUGAAAAAUUCCUAGCAGGCGCUAGAAGUAUUGAUCAGCAUUUCCACUCGGCUCCUUUCGAGAGCAAUAUCCCUGUUCUUUUGGGUUUACUGAGCGUAUGGAAUGUCUCUUUUCUUGGAUAUCCCGCAAGAGCUAUCCUGCCUUACACUCAAGCUCUUGAAAAGCUUGCUCCACACAUUCAACAGGUUAGCAUGGAAAGUAACGGAAAAGGAGUAUCCAUAGACGGUGUUCGCCUUCCUUUUGAAGCUGGUGAAAUCGAUUUUGGUGAACCGGGAACAAACGGUCAACACAGUUUUUACCAAUUAAUUCAUCAGGGGCGUGUUAUUCCUUGUGAUUUUAUUGGUAUCGUGAAAAGUCAACAACCCGUCUACCUUAAAGAUGAAGUGGUAAAUAACCAUGAUGAGCUCAUGUCCAACUUUUUUGCACAACCUGAUGCUCUUGCUUAUGGGAAGACCCCUGAACAAUUGCAAAGUGAGAAUGUUGCACCUCAUCUUGUUCCUCACAAGACGUUUACUGGGAAUAGGCCAUCACUUAGCCUUCUACUUCCAUCAUUGGAUGCUUAUAGAAUUGGACAGUUACUAGCUAUCUAUGAGCACAGAAUUGCUGUUGAAGGUUUUGUUUGGGGAAUCAAUUCUUUUGAUCAAUGGGGAGUUGAACUAGGAAAGUCACUUGCAUCCCAGGUCAGAAAGCAACUUCAUGCAUCUCGUAAGAAAGGAGAAUCGGUUGAGGGGUUCAAUUUUAGUACCACCAAGUUGCUCACAAGAUAUCUUGAGGCAAGUGCAGACGUGCCUUCGGAACCCACAACUCAAUUGCCUAAGAUAUAAAGUUUUCUGAAACCAAGAUACCAAACCAGAUGAUAACAUAGUUUUUGAUUUGUUACACCAACUCUCAUCAUCUGUUGCUUCUUUUUGUAACCGCGUGACUCGUGUUGCACGAGCAUAAUAAUUCUUCACAUUUUGUUGUGAUCCAGAAUGAUGGAAUUAAUGCUUUAAUUUCCUGAAUAAGAUUGUGAAAUCAAGCCUCUUGUUACAGUCACUUUCUUUGUAUUUCUCAAUGAUUGUUGUAUAUUGAA